UGUAAUUAUGGGAAACAAAAUCACGCGUCGAAUAAAGGAGAAAGAGAAAAAUAUUGAUGGCAAAAACUAUGAUUUGUAAGGCGACUCUACGAGAUACAUAUGUGAAAAGUGAGCGAGCGCUUGCUAAGUAUAAUUGUAAACAGAACAGAACAGAGCAGAGAAAGAGAGACGGAGAGAAGAUGGCUUCGGAAGAGGGACAAGUGAUCGCGUGCCACACCGUUGAGUCAUGGAACGAGCAACUCCAGAAGGCUAACGACUCCAAAACUCUUGUGGUGGUUGAUUUCACGGCUUCUUGGUGUGGACCAUGUCGUUUCAUUGCUCCAUUCUUUGCUGAUUUGGCUAAGAAGCUCCCCAAUGUGCUUUUUCUCAAGGUUGAUAUUGAUGAAUUGAAGUCGGUGGCGAGUGACUGGGCGAUAGAGGCGAUGCCAACCUUCAUGUUCUUGAAGGAAGGGAAUAUUCUGGACAAGGUUGUUGGGGCCAGGAAAGAUGAGCUUCAGUCUACCAUUACCAAACACUUGGCUUAACAUUUUCUUAAGCAUUUAUUUAUAGCUUUAACCAGUCUUUAUAUCUUAAGAUGUUGAAUUAAUUGCUUUACUAGUAUUGAGAUGUUAUAAGUCGUUCGCCCUUUCUUAUGAUCCUGGUCUAAACUCAUCUAAUAAUAUUGUGCCUAGUGAAAUAUUUGAAUC